AUGCGACCUCUGUUGAUAUUGUCUAAAGGUACGAUAACUGUUCGUCAAUGGUUCAUAAUAUCUAAACAUGUUAACGGUUUAAUAACAAACCAUGUGCCGUGCAUCCUACGUAUACAUCAACGACAUUCAUCACAUUUACUUUUAACAGCGAUCGGCAAAGUAUUUCAUGCCUAUCGUCUCAAUACUCUUCAAGUACUGCUUGUUAGUGAUCCUCAUCCAGAAGACAUUCAAGCACUUGCUGCAAAUAGUCGGCUAGUUUUUGUUGCAGCUGGAUCGUCGAUCUAUGUCUAUCGACGUGUGUUUCAUCUUUAUCAAACUUUAACCGAUCAUAAAGGAGACGUUCAACAGAUCUUGCCCUUUGGUGACGAGCAUUUAGUUAGCGUUGAUGCAUCAAAUACAUUACGUGUUUGGGAUAUUCAAUCGGCAAGUGUUUAUCUUUUACUUGAAUUCGAUACGAAGAAUUUUCAUAUUACAUGUUUACUUCAUCCAGCAACUUAUGUCAAUAAACUUCUUUUAGCAUCACGUCAAGGAACAAUGCAAUUAUGGAACAUUAAAUCGAAUAAGUUAUUGCAUGAAUUCUUUAUAAACGAUACACCAGCAACCAGUUCUAUAACAGCAAUGGCACAAUCAACAGUCGUAGAUGUUGUUGCCAUCGGAUAUAAUGAUGGUCAAAUUCGUUUGCAUAAUCUUCGAUACGAUGAAACACUCGUCAAAUUUACACAAGACUUCAAUGGACCGAUAACAUCGAUCGCAUUUCGUCUCGAUAAUAUUCCACAUAUGGCAACUGGUUCCUCAACUGGACAUAUCUGUAUAUGGAAUUUAGAUACGUGCCAUUUAAUUAGUCAAGUUCGACAAGCGCAUAAAGAUUGUCCAAUAGCUGCACUUCAUUAUAUUCCUGGUGAACCACUGUUAAUCUCGAAUGGUAGUGAUAAUGCUUUACGUGAAUGGAUCUUUGAUAUGCCCGAUGGACAAUCCUGUCGAUUAUAUCGUGAACGUUGUGGUCAUUCGAAAUCUCCACGUUGUGUUCGCUUUCACGAUAAUGAGAUUAUUCUGUCAGCUGGUAAUGAUGGUCGUUUACGAACAUUUCAUACAAUCCUCGAUAAUCUUUCUCGGUGCUUUGGUCGCACAACACGAUAUAGAUGGGAAAUGGAGUUAAAUGAAGAUGAUAAUGACAAUGAUAAUAAUGAUACGGAACAAGCUUUACCAAUUGUUGACCUACGUUGUGAAGUCAUUAAAGAAAAUGAUUGGGAUGGUAUUAUUGCCGUGCAUGAGGAUCGACGACGUGUAUCAGCAUGGAAUUUUAUUCGUGCGACAAGAAGUCAACAUAAAUUCGAACAUGAAAGAUUCGCAACAAAAGUUUAUCAUGAUGUCGAAGUAUCUGCAACAUCAUGUGACAUUAGUCCAUGUGGAAAUUUUUGUAUUAUUGGAUACUCAACGGGACAUAUUGAUUUGUAUAACAUGCAAUCUGGGCUUUACCGUGGAUCAUUUGAUGAUGAACCCGUCAAAUAUGCCGCUAAAAAUCCGCGUAAACGUUUGAAAUCAUCACCAUAUGCUACAGCACAUUCAUAUCCUAUCUGUGGCGUAUCUUUUGAUUCGCUCAAUACUCGUCUGAUUUCCUGUGAUAUCAGUGGAAAUAUUAAACUAUGGCGUUUGAAGACUAAAACUUUACUUUCAUCAACAUCGAUCAUUGAUCAGGAAAUGUCAUCGCCUGUCAUAAAAAUCAUCAAGAUGAUUGUUCAUCGCGACAGUGGCCUUAUUGCACUUGCCUUCAACAAUCAAAUGAUUAAGAUCUAUGAUUUCGAUACAAUGACGUUUAAGUGCAUCCGUACAUUUUCAACAGAUACUCACACGAAAGAGAUAACAGCAUUAGCAUUCAUGCCUGACGCUCGCUGGUUAUUGUCGACAUCAUUAGACAAAACAAUGAAAGUUUGGGAUAUACCAAGUGGACAAUUGAUUGAUGCGAUUGAAUUCGACCAAGCGAUUAUCACUUUAGCAGUAAGUCCUAAUGGCGAUAUGUUAGCAACAGGACAUACGGAAGCGUUAGGUGUUUAUCUCUGGUCGAACCGAUCGAUGUUCGGUGGUCCAGCCAUUAAUUUGGCAACUGAUCAUGAAAAUCAACAGGUGUUAGUGGGAGAAUUUGAGUCACCGGAACAAAUAUCGAAAAAUUUAAUAACAUUAUCUGCAUUACCGGAGUCGAAAUGGAAGAAUUUACUAGUCCUAGAUACUAUUCGCCAACGAAAUAAACCUAAAGAACCAAUAAAUAUUCCUAAACAAGCACCUUUCUUUCUACCCACUGUUUCGAAUCUUCGUGGCUUCGUUUUUGUGAAUCCCGACGAUGAAAAGAAAGAAAAAGGAAAGAAUCAAUCACAUAUUAAUCAAAUCCAGCAAUUUCUCUACGAAUCUUCCUUCACAAAUCGACUUGAUCACCAAAAGCAGAAUUCAUCCUUUAGUUCAGAUGUUGUUCAGCUUCUCAAAGAUCUUGGCAUGGCAAAAAUUGAAUAUGAAUUGCGGUGUUUAUCACCCGAUCAAGGUGGUUCAUUGGAACGUAUGCUGACAUUCAUCGACGUACUUCACCAAGCAUUCGAUAACAAGCAAAAUUAUGAUUUGAUUAGUUCCUAUUUAGCCUUGUUCAUUCAACUGCACGGGACGAAUCUGAUCUGGAAAAAUCAGGAAUUAAUUGAAAAGAUUCGACAAAUUCAAUUGAAACAAAAAGAAACAUGGAACCAUCUUCAACGACAAUUGAAUACAUCGAUCGCACUUGUCAAGUAUAUUAAAAAUAUGUUGACAAACACUGUCUCAUUAGUUACCGGAGCAGGGAAUGGUAUUGGCAAGAGAGUCGCUCAACUAUUUGCUUCGCAAGGCAGCCGAGUCUGUGGAGUAGAUGUCCAGAAAUCGGAUUCAUCUUGUGAACACUCAUUUGUCAGUGAUAUAAGUCAACGUUCGUCUGUUGUGAAAUUAGCAGAUGAGAUCUAUCAUCACACUCAAGCUUAUCCGAACAUUAUUGUCAAUGCAGCUGGUAUUUUACGGGAUUCACUCCUGUUGAAAAUGCGUGAAGAAGAUUUCGAUGAUGUUAUACGUGUGAAUCUAAAAGGAACGUUUCUUGUCAAUCAAAUUUUUUGUCAAAGACUUUUAGCCCAAAAACAAACCGACUUAAAAGCUAGUGUAAUUAAUAUAGCCAGUAUUGUUGGCAAAUAUGGAAAUGUUGGGCAAUGUAAUUAUACAGCAUCGAAAGCUGGUGUUGAAGCGAUGACUAAGACGAUGGCAAAAGAAUUAGGACGUUUUGGUAUUCGUGCAAAUGCUGUUCUACCUGGAUUCAUCCAGACAGCUAUGACUGAUAAGAUUCCUGAUAAGAUAAAAGAAAAACUAUUAUCAAUGGUCCCUAUGACUCGAAUGGGUACAGUGGAUGAAAUUGCUCAAGUUUGCUUGUUUUUAGCAUCGAACCAAAUGAGCAGUUAUGUGAAUGGUGCAAGUAUCGAGGUUACCGGUGGUCUUUAA